GGGGGACACUUAGCUGUGGGGACCAUCCAACCCAGCGCUGCAGCCCCCAGGUUGUAAUACCAGGGGAAGGGGUGCACUGGGGGCAGCCUCGUGCCACGCAGCUCAUAACCUAAAAAUAGUCAGCAGCUCGCGGGCCCUGGAGCAGGAUUUGUCCUUUCUGUGGCAGCCACAGUGUUCUCACAAACUGGUGCCACACAGGGUCCCUGGGCACAGGGCUUAGCUCUCAACCCCACAGAUGGCGGGUGGCAUUUUCUCCCCACUGGAGAGCUGCUCAGAACUGGAGAAGGCCAACUGCCACCCGUUGGUGUGCCUGCUCUGCCACGAGCCCUACCAGCACCCCUGCCUGCUUGACUGCUACCACAACUUCUGCGCCAGCUGCCUGCGAGGCCGCGCCAGCGAUGGCCGCCUGCGCUGCCCACUCUGCGGGCACCCCUCAGUGGUGAGGGGUGGCACGGGGCUGCCCCCCGUGGACCGGCUCCUGCAGUUCCUGGUGGACAGCUCAGCCGACAGCGAGGAGGACGUGCAGUGUGCCAACUGUGACCGGUGUUGCACUAAGGCGGAGCUGGACACCAUGUACUUCUGCAACACCUGUGGGCAGCCCCUCUGUGCCCCAUGCCGCGAGGAGACUCACCGUGCCAGGAUGUUCACCCGCCACGAGAUCGUCUCCCUCUCCAAGCGCACCAAAGACAUCCACAAGAAGUGCCCACUGCACGAGGAGCCCUACAUCAUGUUCUCCACCGAGAAGAAGUCCAUGCUGUGCAUCAACUGCUUCAGGGACAUGCAGGGGGAGAGCCGGGCUCACUGCAUCGACAUUGAGACAGCGUACAUGCAGGGCUGCCAGCGGCUGGACCAGGCAGUGAUGGUGGGCAGGGCUGGGGGGUGUGGGGGUGGUGUGGGGGUGCAGUGCUGUCCCCUGCACUGCAACCACCCUUGCACCCCGCAGGCCGUGAAGGAACUGCAGACCUCCACGCGCGAGGCCAUUGUCCUGCUCAAGGCCAUGAUCGAGGAGGUUCGCAACAGUGCCAGUGAGGAGGAGGCGGCCAUCAACUCCCUCUUCAGCCGCAUGCAGGAGCAGCUCUCGGAGAGGAAAAAGACGCUCCUGAAAGCUGUACAGAGCCAGCACGAGGAAAAGGAGAAGGCAUUCAAGGAGCAGCUGGCCCACCUCGCCUCCCUGCUGCCCACUCUACAGGUCCACCUGGUGACCUGCUCGGCCUUCCUGAGUUCUGCCAACAAAGCUGAGUUCCUGGACCUGGGCUAUCAACUGAUGGAGAGGCUGCAGAGGAUCGUCAAGCUGCCACACCGCCUGCGGCCAGCCCAGACCAGCAAGAUCAACAGCGAGUACCGGGCAGAGUUUGCCCGCUGCCUGGAGCCCCUCCUGAUGCUCAGCCCCCGCCGCUCUGUGGUGGGCAGCGCUGGUGGCAUCGGUCCUGGCAUCACUGGCACAAACAUGCUCCCCGGUGGCCAAUGCUCCAAGACCCUGAUGGUGCCCAGCUGCCCCCCAACCAGUGACAAAAUGUCCACCGGCCCCAUGGUGAAGAAGCCAACAAUGCACCGGUACAUCAGCACCAAGGUGCUGCUGGCCGAGGGGCGCGAGACCCCCUUCGCUGAGCACUGCCGCAACUACGAGAACACCUACCGGAUGCUGCAGACGGAGAUCCAGGGCCUGAAGGACCAGGUGCAGGAGCUGCACCGUGACCUCACCAAGCACCACUCACUCAUCAAGUCAGAGAUCAUGAGCGAGAUCCUGCAGAAGUCGCUGCAGAUGGAUGUGCAGAUUGCAGCUCACUACUCCGCCGUGGAGAUGAUGCGCAGUGUCUUUGAGGAGGUUUGGGAAGAGACCUACCAGCGGGUAGCAAAUGAGCAGGAGAUCUACGAAGGUACUGGUGACCCCGUGCUCCUCCAUGUGCCCCCUGUGCCCGCACUGUGGGGGUGGCCGUGUCCCAGCCCACUCCUCUCACCCCCAGCCCAGCUCCAUGACUUGCUGCAGCUGCGGCAGGAGAACAGCUGCCUGAGCACCAUCACCAAGCAGAUCGCGCCCUACGUUCGCUCCAUCGCCAAAGUGAAGGAGCGGCUGGAGCCCAGGCUGCAGGAGCCUCAGGAGCCCAAAGAAGAACAGGCACAGAUGCUGCUCAAGAUCUGUGACGACAGUGAAGUGGUGCCAAGGGAUGCCUCACCUGGCAGCAACAAGGGGGAUUCAUCCAGCCCUGGGGAGGGCUUCAUGCUCAGGGACACCCCUGAAGAUCCCUCCCCAAAAAACAAAGACUGCUGCAGAGGCCAGCAGAAGAGCGGAGCAGAGAGUGCUACCCUGAAAGAGCUGGCACCGUAGGGCCCAGUGCUGGGCAUGCAGCAGAGCUGCUGGGCAGAACCAUGCCCUGGU